UCUCCUUAGCCGGGGCCCAUUGCCCUAAUCUCAUCCGUCUCCGUGCCUGUCAAUUUCAGCGGUGACCGGGAAGUGAACGAAUCUCCAUUUUUCCAAAGGGUGACUGACCUAAAGCCAGAGAGAGGGUUUUGUGUGGACUAGGGUUUAAGGCAGCAGAGGAAGAGACUGAUGAGGCCGGGGCCGUUGUUGGCGGGGAAGAAUCCGGGCAAUGAGAGAUAGUAGGAGACGAUUCAGAUUCUGUUACGGCUUUGACGAUAGUGACACUUCAACCUCACCCUUUGGAGGAUUCAUGGACCUUCUGGUUCAAUAAUCCUUAUUCCAGAUUCAAGCAGGUCGCUUGGGGUGCCUCUAUUGGUCCCAUCAAUACUUUCGCCACCGUCGAGGAGUUUUGGAGGAGAGGACCCAAAAUCCAGGGAGAGUGGGAGAGCGGAGAGCCACAGCAAACAAGACCUUCCAGCUGCUCUAUCCGACUCUGGCCAUCGCUGCAACUGCAAUCCGGCAUCUCAGCCUCUCAAGUCUCAGGCUUUCGAUGGAAAGCAGUUGUGGGAGCAGUACCGAGUGGAGAGCAGAGGAAGCCAUUGGUGGCAACACUGAAGCUCUUGAAGCUCUCAGGGAACUCAUCAUUUAUCCCCUCCAGUAUUCUCGUGAGGCUCGAAAGAUUGGCCUUAAGUGGCGCAGAGGGUUGCUGCUUUAUGGUCCACCAGGAACUGGAAAGACAAGCUUGGUGCGUGCUGUUGUUCGAGAAUGUGGUGCAUACUUGACCAUCAUUAGUCCACAUUCUGUCCAUAGGGCACAUGCUGGAGAAAGUGAGAGAAUUCUGCGAGAAGCUUUUUCAGAAGCAUCACUUCAUGCAUCAUCAUCAGACAAGCCGUCAGUCAUCUUUAUUGAUGAAAUUGAUGUACUUUGUCCACGUCGUGAUUCAAGGAGAGAGCAGGACAUUCGUGUAGCUUCUCAACUCUUCACAUUGAUGGAUGGCAACAUGCACAAGCAAUCUUCUAAAUCUCCAUUGCAGGUCGUUGUCGUGGCAUCAACUAACAGGGUGGAUGCAAUUGACCCGGCAUUGCGAAGGUCGGGGCGUUUUGAUGCUGAGAUUGAAGUUAAACCACCCAAUGAAGAUGAACGCUUUCAAAUCCUGAAGCUAUAUUCAAAGAAGCUCCCUUUGGAUCCUAGUGUUGAUUUACAAACUAUAUCUGCAUCUUGCAAUGGAUAUGUUGGUGCUGAUUUGGAAGCUUUAUGCCGGGAGGCUGUAAUUUCAGCAAAACAUAGGUCUUCAAAUAUAUGUGAAGAUGUUGGUUUAUGUAGUUUGACAAUGGAUGAUUGGAAGCGUGCUAAAUCUAUAGUCCGUCCAAGCAUAACAAGAGGUGUUACUGUUGAAAUCCCUAAAGUCUCAUGGGAUGAUAUUGGAGGAUUAAAAGAUUUGAAGAAAAAGCUCCAGCAAGCUGUUGAGUGGCCUAUCAAGCAUGCUGAUGCAUUUUCAAGGUUGGGAAUAUUGCCAAUACGCGGGGUUCUAUUGCAUGGACCUCCAGGAUGCUCAAAAACUACCCUUGCUAAAGCUGCAGCUCAUGCUGCCCAAGCUUCAUUUUUCUCUUUGAGUGGGGCAGAAUUGUACUCGAUGUAUGUUGGAGAGGGAGAAGCAUUGCUACGUAAUACAUUUCAAAGAGCUCGCCUUGCAGCACCAAGUAUAAUAUUCUUCGAUGAGGUUGAUGUCCUUGCUGCCAAACGAGGUGGUAGUUCGAGCAACAAUGUUGCAGUGGCAGAGAGACUUCUUUCUACCUUACUAACCGAAAUGGAUGGUUUGGAACAAGUUAAGGGAAUUCUUGUUUUGGCUGCUACAAAUCGCCCCCGUGCAAUUGAUGCUGCACUGAUGCGGCCUGGUCGCUUUGAUCUAGUGCUUUAUGUACCACCACCAGAUUUAGAAGCGCGAUAUGAGAUAUUGCUUGUGCAUACACGUAAUAUGAAGAUAUCAGAUGAUGUUGAUCUCAGACAAAUAGCAGAAGAUACUGAGCUAUUCACAGGUGCUGAAUUGGAGGGCUUGUGUAGGGAAGUAGGUGUGGUGGCUCUCCGUGAAGACAUCUCUGCUGCUCUUGUGUGUAACCGUCAUUUUCAGAUUGCAAAGGAUUCGUUGAAGCCAGCAUUAACCAAAGCGGAUGUCAUCGAAUACGCAUCAUUUAAGAAGAACCCAUCAUCAUUGAGAUCUGUUGAUGAGGUUGAAUCAAGCACUAAACAGAAAAGCAAUUCUACAAAGAAUUUUGUGGGUUCAGUUAUUAUUGGCGUCGUAAGCUCUUUGUUAAUAUUUGCUGCUAAAUAUCUCAGAAAUACAGAUGAAACUAUUAGUGAUUUAGCUACCACCUGAAGGAUACAAUCUCAGGAUAAUAUGCUAAGCAUUUGUUGUUUUUAUAUCAUUUUUAUAUUAAUUAUCAGAAAAAGAAACAAAAAAGAAUUUACUACA